AUGGAACUGCCGAGAGAGCUCAUUCAGGAUGUAGAGACAGAGCGUGGUAGCUACCGAGAAGCCCGCCAGUCAAAGCAUGCCGUAAUUUGGGACAGACCCAUGUCUGCAGGGUUUGAAGGCUUGUCAAGAGCAGGAACGUUCGCGUUGGCAGUAAAGGCCCCGAUAGGCUGUAACGUGAUAGAUGCUAGAUGGGUCUACAAAUGGAAAGCAGACGAAACAGGCAAGAUAGUGAAGGCCAAGGCCAGGCUUCUAGCGAAGGGCUUCAAGUAGAAGCAUGGUGUGGAUUAUCUUGAGACUUUCUCGCCUACUGCAAAUGCUGCAUCGAUUCGUUUGCUGGUAGCAUUGGCGUGCAAGUUCAACUUGGAAAUUUUCCACUUUGACAUUGAGCAAGCGUUUGUUCAGUCCGAAUUGGAUCAUGAGGUGUUCAUGAAGUUGCCUCCUGGCUGCGAGAUCAUGUCAGGAAAGGUCAUCCGUUUAGACAAGAGUUUGUAUGGACUGAGGCAGGCAUCUAGAACAUUUCACAAGAGACUAGUGUCGGACCUGAAGACAAAAUGUUUUUGAGCAGUCUCUGUCUGACCCGUGUGUUCUCCGUUUCAUAAUGGGGGACGAGGUGAUGGGUAUGGUCGCGAUUCAUGUGGAUGACAUUCUGUAUGCAGGAUUUGAGAGGCUUGCGAAGAUGGUUGUGGA